AUGGGUGAUACGAAUGGACAAUUGAUUGCUGGUGGCCAUGGUAAUGGAAAUCAAUUGGAUCAAUUAUCUGGUCCAACCGAUGUGUUUAUCGACAAAGAGACAGAUAGUCUCGUUAUCUGUGACACAAUGAAUGGACGAGUCUCACGAUGGCCGCGUCGUAGUGGCGCCACACAAGUAGAAAUCUUCAUCGACAAUAUCAGUUGUUGGGGACUGGUCAUGGACGAUCAGAGAUAUAUCUACAUCUCUGACACCAACAAACAUGAAGUAAGACGAUAUCAAAUAGGAGACAAGAAUGGAACUCUCGUGGCUGGUGGACAUGGCAAAGGUGCUAGUCUUAAUCAACUCAACGUUCCAACCUUCGUCUUUGUCGAUCAACAACAGACUGUCUACGUGUCCGACUACAACAAUCAUCGUGUGAUGAAAUGGAAUAAAGGUGCAAACGAAGGAAUUGUCGUCGGUGGGGGUCAAGGCAAAGGGAAUGCUCUGACACAAUUGUAUUAUCCUACAGGGCUGUUCGUCGAUACAUUGGGUACCCUGUAUGUGGCAGACUCGGGAAAUCAUCGAGUGAUGCGUUGGCCUAAAGGAGAAAAACAUGGCACUGUCAUUGCCGGUGGCAAUGGCGAAGGAAAAGGAGCAAGUCAGUUUAAUCUUCUCGGAGGCUUGUCCUUCGAUCGACACGGCAAUCUCUAUGUUGUGGAUCGUUGGAAUAAUCGUGUUCAACAUUUUUCUAUCGAAUAA